AUGAUUCGUUCAACUCGUUCUUUAGUUAAUGGUUCAAUUGGAUUCACUAAAAGAACCUUAGCCAGUUCUAGUGACAUUGUCCAAAUCGAAUUACCCGCCACUUCUUUCGAAGGGUAUAAUUUAGAAGAAUUACCUGAAUUAACCUUUGAAACUGAAAAAUCAGCUUUGUUACAAAUGUAUAAAGAUAUGGUUAUUGUUAGAAGAAUGGAAAUGGCCGCUGAUGCUUUAUAUAAAGCUAAAAAAAUCAGAGGUUUCUGUCAUUUAUCAGUUGGUCAAGAAGCUAUUGCUGUAGGGAUCGAACACGCCAUCACUCCUCAAGAUACUAUCAUUACAUCUUAUAGAUGUCAUGGAUUUGCUUAUAUGAGAGGAGCUUCAGUUAAAGGAGUUUUAGGUGAAUUAAUGGGUAAAAGAUCAGGUGUUUCAUACGGUAAAGGUGGUUCUAUGCAUAUGUUUGCCCCAGGAUUUUAUGGUGGUAAUGGUAUUGUUGGAGCUCAAGUUCCUUUAGGUGCUGGUUUAGCUUUCGCUCAUCAAUAUAGAAAUGAAAAGAAUGCUACUUUUGCCUUAUAUGGUGAUGGUGCUGCUAAUCAAGGUCAAGUUUUCGAAGCUUAUAAUAUGGCUAAAUUAUGGGAUUUACCUUGUAUUUUCGCUUGUGAAAACAAUAAAUAUGGUAUGGGAACUUCUGCUUCCAGAUCUUCUGCUAUGACUGAAUAUUACAAGAGAGGUCAAUACAUUCCAGGUUUAAAAAUUAAUGGUAUGGAUAUUUUAGCUUGUUAUCAAGCUUCAAAAUUCGCUAAAGAUUGGUGUGCUAGUGGUAAUGGUCCAUUAGUUUUAGAAUAUGAAACUUAUAGAUAUGGUGGUCAUUCAAUGUCUGAUCCUGGUACUACUUAUAGAACUAGAGAAGAAGUUCAAAAUAUGAGAUCAAGAAAUGAUCCAAUUGCUGGUUUAAAUGCUAUUUUAUUAGAAAAAGGUAUUGCUACUGAAGAAGAAAUUAAAGCUUAUGAUAAAGAAGCAAGAAAAUACGUUGACCAACAAGUUGCUGAAGCUGAAGCUGAUGCUCCACCUGAAGCUAAAAUGGAUAUUCUUUUCGAAGAUGUUUAUGUUAAAGGUACUGAAGUUCCUGAAUUAAGAGGUAGAAUUUCUGAUGAUACUUGGAAUUUUGAAAAAGGUACUUUCUCUAAUAAGGUUUAUUAA